AUGGUCUGGUGUGAUCGUGGGGUCCAGAUGCUGCUGACCACCGUGGGGGCUUUUGCCGCCUUCAGCCUGAUGACCAUCGCCAUCGGGACCGACUACUGGCUCUACUCCCGGGCUCACAUCUGUAACGGGACCAACGUCAGCACCGAGGACCCCCAGAGCCAGCCCCGCAAGACCAAGGGGGACCUCACCCACUCCGGGCUCUGGAGGGUCUGCUGCAUCGAGGGUCUCUACAAAGGAAGUUGCUUCAGGAUUAAUCACUUUCCAGAAGACAACGACUAUGACCACGACAGCUCCGAAUAUCUGCUGCGUAUCGUCCGCGCCUCCAGUGUCUUCCCCAUCCUCAGCACCAUCUUACUGUUACUGGGAGGACUGUGCGUCGGGGCAGGACGCAUCUACAACAGAUGGAAUAACAUCAUCCUCAGCGCUGGCAUACUCUUCGUGGCGGCCGGUCUCAGCAACAUCAUCGGGAUAAUCGUGUACAUAUCCAGCAACGCCGGAGACCCCAGUGAUAAGAAGGACGAGGAUAAGAAGAACCAGUACAACUAUGGCUGGUCCUUCUAUUUUGGGGCACUGUCCUUUAUUGUGGCGGAGACUAUAGGGGUCCUGGCCGUAAAUAUCUACAUAGAACGGAACAAGGAGAUAAGGUUCAAGUCCAAGAGAGAUUUCAUCAAGAUCUCCUCCUCCCCUUAUGCCAGAAUGCCGAGCUACAGAUAUCGGAGGAGACGCUCCAGGUCAAGCUCCAGGUCAACAGAGGCUUCUCCAUCCCGGGAAAUCUCUCCAGCUGCCAUCAAAUAUGCCAGUGCCAUCCCCAUGCGGGAAAUUUCCAUGUAUACCUUGUCCAGGGAACCCCUGAAAAUUACCACAGCUGCCAGUUUUAACGAGGAUCAAGAUGCCAACUUCAUGCAAGUACAUAACUGUUUCCAAAAAGAGCUGAAGGAAGGUCUUCACAUCAGCGUGGUAAACCGAAGGACCACCCCAGUUUGA